AUGUAUAGGCAGAUACGAGUUGAGAAAAGUCAUUGUGAUUAUCAGAGGAUUGUUUUUAGAUUCUCUCCUGAUGAAGAGUUACAGGAAUUUCGGCUAUUAACAGUAACUUAUGGUGUAUCGUCUGCUCCUUUUCUUGCUUUAAGGACUUUGUUGCAGCUGAGUGAAGAUGAAGGUAGAGAGUUUCCCCUUGCCGCUGAAGUUUUGCGUACGAGUACUUAUGUUGACGAUAUAGUGUGUGGUGGUGAUACCUUAGAAAUUGCGCUAGAUCUUCGGAAUGAGUUGAUAUCCUUGUUAUCUCGAGGUCAGUUUGAAUUGCGUAAGUGGUCGAGCAAUGAUAUGCGAUUAUUAGAAGGUCUACCGGAGUCGCAUAUUGGUAAGAAACCUAUUUCCUUUGAUGAUAAUAGUUGUUCGUCACCUCUAAAAAUCCUUGGACUUGUAUGGAAUGCACAGUUGGAUUGUUUUUCUUUUGAAGUGACAGCUCUGGACAAAUCUUGUACUAAGAGAAGUAUGUUGUCUGAAUUGGCCCGAGUGUUUGAUCCUGUAGGGUUUCUAGCUCCCAUGACUUUGUUCACGAAGCACCUUAUCCAACGUUUAUGGUUGUCCGGAAUCGACUGGGAUGACUCUCCUCCAGACUCAAUUUGUAAAGUUUGGAACCAGUAUAAGGAACAACUGUUAUCCCUUGCACAGCUUGAAAUACCUAGGUGCAUGUUCGUGUCCAGGUAUAUUUGUUGUGAGGAACGCCUUUCUCCUAAUAGUUGGUUUUAUGUUCCUUCUGCUCAGAAUCCCGCUGAUUUGGCUUCCAGAGGUGUUUUACCUGCUCUAAUGUUGGAGCAAUCUUAUUGGUUUGCAGGUCCUGAGUUUUUGUAUAACACCGAUCCCAUUCCAGACGCUUCCUGUUGCUUUUCUGAGUGUGCUGAAAUGCUUGAUGAGGAGCGUACGGUAACUUUGGCUUGUGUUAAUGAUGAUAAUUUUCUUGAGAAUCUAUUGAAUGACAUUUCCGAUUUCUCGUUUAUACGACGACUUAUAGCUUGGAUCUUGAGGUUUGCUUGGAAUUCAAAAUUCCCCAAUGAUAAGAGAGAAGGUCCCUUAAGUUCAAAGGAACUUUAUGAGUCGUUGAUUAUGCUAGUAAAAUAUACUCAACAUCGAUAUUUUGAAAGGGAGUUCGAGGGAAAUGUUUUUUCCAGACCUUUGCGAAAGUUGUCCUGCUUUAUCGAUGAUCAAGGAGUAUUACGGGUUGGCAGUCGUCUUAGAUAUUUGUUUCGAUUGAUAAGAAAUUUCCUUGCAUCCUACCUCGCGAAAGUCCAUUAA